AGGUAACAAUUACAAUGCCCACAGUCAGACCUUGACAGAGCUGGAGGAGACACGGGUGGAGAGAUACCCGGGAUGAACAGCAAGUGAUCGGCGGCAGCAGUCUCCACCAGUUAGUCCCUCUCUGAUCCGGUCUUGCCUCGUAUCAGCCACGAUGAAGGUCGCGAUCGUUUUAGUCGGCCUGAGUGUGGCGCUGAUGGUUGUAAUGAUUUUCCAGGCCGUGCGCCAGGAGCUGAGCCUGCGCCAUUUGAAAACCCGCAUGGGGGAGAACUCGGCGGAGGUCAAGAAGAAAGAGGAAGCCAUCAUGGAGGUGAAAAACAAAAUCAAGGACAUGAGGGACACGCUGACGUCCGUCAACACCAAGUUGGAUGAGCUGAAGAAGAAGAAGGCAGAAAGUGAAACGUCAGCGGGGGAACUUGGUAAAAGUCUGCAGACCUGUAACACGGAAAAGGCAGACGCUGUGAAGAAGAAGGAAGAUAUGGCCUCUGCUAUAACUAAACUCCAUGCUGAUCACGAAGUGCUCAAAAAGAAGGCUGAGGAGGACAUUCAGAGCUUGAAACAACAGAUUUUGGAUCGAGAUAAAGCUAUUUGUGCCUUUGUGGAUACAACCAAGGAAGAAGCACGGAAGCUGUGUGGAAUCCCUGAAGCUUCAAAAUAAAAGCACUCAGCAUUGACUGUGAGCUUUUUAAAAAUGGGCCAUACAUACAAUGACACAUUUUAUAAUAUUACUGAUGUAGUAACAGAUCUGCUUGUUUAUUGUUAGAAAAUAAAAACUGUUUAAAAAUAAAACUCCAUACAUCCAAUGGACAAAUGCAUAGGAUUGGGGGAAAUAAUUUUAUAUAAUUUUGUAAUAUUAUUUUGUUGUUUGGUUAUAUCUAGCUCUGCCUUUUGCCACUGCAAAACACUUUAAUACUUGUAAUUACAGCCUUUAUGAAAAAAUUUACUUGGUCAUCUGGUACUGCCAAAAUAACUUCCCCUGAUUGAACCAGUAAACCUACAUUGCACCUGAACCAGCAUGCCUGAGGUGUAUGUAUGUUUUUGCCCUGCCGCCCUGAUGAGACCUGACUGACUGUUAUGCAUUCAGAAAGUACAUGUGCGUCUGUUUACUAACUGAGACCUGAGAUGGCUGUGUGGAAGAAUUUGUAAACCAGCCUAGUGAAUUAAAUGGAACAAUGAAAUUGAAACAUGAAAAUAUCACUUAAUGUCACGUGUUGGAUCGAGGAAAGGGUUAGGCCAAAACCAACAUGCUAAACUGAGCUGGAAGAUGAACAUAAUGUGCACUCAUUUAUGAUGCAUUAUAUCAAUCUAUCAUCUAUUAGUUCAGUAGCACGUCCCUCUACCUCCCCCUAGUGAAGAACCAAGGAUUAAGAACGACAACCUCACUUCAUUUUUCAGUCGUGAUUAUGAGCUAAGCUACUUAAUAUGCAAAGUGUAUCUUCCAUUUCCUGUUCUACCUCCUCGAUGAAUACUGUUUUGGGGAAGCCAGGCUGUCUGGUUUGAGUCUGAGCCCUCAAAUUUGGCCUCCAGCGUGCUACAAAAUGGUAGAUACUAUUCUGGGAAAUGGCAUGACAAAUAACUUGUGUAACUUCAAAUGAACAACAAACCAAGUGACUUCUGUGGUUGAAUCUGUCUUGCUCAAUUUAACACCUCUUUAUAAGGCAAGUGUGCUGAAGUGAACUGGAAAACCAGUCUUAAUUUAACUUAAGUGGUGUUUAGUGAUACUGCGUCUUUAAUGAAUGUAAGUGCACUGAGCAAUCAGUUUGUGUUAAACUGUAGCAAGACUUGCAAUUAACUUAAAUGUAUUUGAAGAGCAUGAAAUUGCAUAAAUAAAAGAAGAAAUGAAUAAAAUAAACAUUUAUUGUAGUAGA